GAAACUAGAGUUGUUACGUCCUACCUUCCUGUCACAGAAGUUCCACGCACAGAAAUAAUAAACAAGUCAAUAAUUUCGUCUGAAUUUUUAGUGGCAAUGCUGAAAAGACCUUCUUACAGUGUAUUAAGAAAUGUCUGGAAGCUGAAUAAAACAAGAUUCAUCCGAUCAUGGUUGAAGAAAUCCAGCUAUCACUCUCCAGCCUUGGUUAUGCCACAUACAGUUAGUCCAGUCCGACCAUUUCCAGAUCAUAUACCGAAACCACCAUAUAUAACAGAUCCAAGCUGUAUUGUUAAAGCUAAGUCAGGGGAUAUAGAGAUUAAAACCGCUAGUCAGAUUAAUGGAAUGAGAGCAGUGUGUAAAUUAGCUAGGAAUAUCUUAAACUAUACAAAAACAAAACUUGAAAUUGGAAUGACGACAGAAGAUAUAGAUAUGAUAAUAUAUAAUAAAUGUAUAGAGACACAGUGUUAUCCCUCUCCAUUAUUAUAUAGAGGUUUUCCCAAAUGUGUUUGUACAUCUGUUAAUAAUGUAGCUUGUCAUGGUAUACCUGAUGAUAGAAAACUAGUCAAUGGUGAUAUUAUUAAUAUAGAUAUAACCGUAUACUUUAAUGGUUACCAUGGAGAUUUAUCAGAAACAUAUCUAAUUGGUCAAGUAGAUGAAGAAGGUCAGAAUUUAGUGUCUGCUGCUAAAAAAUGUCGAGAUGCUGGUAUUGCCGUCUGUAAACCUGGUGUAAAAUUCUCACAAAUUGGUAAACAUAUCAGUGAAGAAGCUGAAAGACAAACUGUAUCUGUUAUGCCAAUGUUUUGUGGUCAUGGUAUUGGAGAAUAUUUUCAUGGCCCACCAGACGUUAUUCACUUUGAUUCGUCAUAUAAAGAUGAUACAGUGAUGAAAGAAGGAAUGACUUUUACAAUAGAGCCAGUUAUAACAGAGGGCAGUGAUGAAAUUGAAAUAUUAGAUGAUGGCUGGACGGCUGUGUCUGCAGAUGGGUCUAGAUCAGCCCAGUUUGAGCAUACAGUAUUAAUAACUUCAGAUGGUGUAGAGAUUUUGACACAGGAAUAGCAGUUAAUUAAAAUAUGAUCAGUAUUCUAGUUCAAUUAUAUGUGCCUUGUGUAAAUAAAAACAAUUACGGGUGUGAUACUGUGUGUUUAAUGGUAGUUGUAUGUUUCAUAAAACUGUUUCUUCAGCUACACAUUGAAAAUAAAUGAUUCAAAAAAUA